AUGGACAUCGAGGAACAGUUGGACAGGGCCGAGAAGCUGCCCUAUCCAUCUUUGGUGGGCAGUUCCGUGAAAUCCGCCGACGAUUCUCCCCACAACAACUACAUCCACCCAGAAAAGUACACUGGAAACCUUAAGCCCGCCCAGAGAAAAAAGUCUCUUUUGAACUCUUCAAUUGGUGCCUCCUUGGACGAUUUGAUCAGCGAGGGCGCCCUCAUGGGCUCCGAAGAGGACUUCGACCGGUUCUUGGACGAUAAGGGAUCUGUGCGUUCCGACGCCAAGUACUUGGGCAAAAACUCUUCCGAGAAGUCUGACAAGAGCAAGACCGCCGCUCUGAAAUUGAGCGAGGUUGCCUCGGCAGACCAGGGUGCCCCAGAUGCUUCUGUUGCCAAGGAGCCAGCACUGACAGCCAUUGACAACUCUGUAUCUGUCACCGAGAGCGUCAGCUCCGGCAACGAGGUGCAAGCUGGUUCUUCUAUCUAUGGGGCUGAAAACUUCAGUACCCCCAACUUGUCUGAGUACCAGCUCGACCACCAGAUCUCUGACCACUCGCAGUUGUUGGACUCUGUCAAGUCGUACGAUUUGUCCAAGUUGCCCUCCUCCAACGAUUCUGAAUUGAAGUCGAAGAGCAAUGACGCGUUCGGCCUUGCCGACAGAGUGCCUCAUGUGGUUAGACCAUCCACUGCUAAGGGUAACCAGGCGUUCGCUGUUAACCGCUUGGACUUCGGCGAUAACGCCAAGGUGGCCCAGACCGACUCCUUGCACACGCCAUUCUUCCAGAGAGACGAACGCUCGCCUUCGAGAUCGCGCUUCCCAGUGUCGAGAGUUGACCGCUCCAGAUCUAGAUCUACUGACAGAUUUAACCCAAGAAGCCAUUUGGCAAGAGGCGACUCUUACAAGAACACCCACGAUGAUUUGCCUUCCAAGUACGAGCUUCCUGCUGACUUGGAUGUCGAUGAGGUGCAAGAGGACGACGCCAGAGAGAGCAGACACUCGAGACCUACUUUGGGUGAAUCCGUCGCCGCAGCCGAGAAAGAAAUGAGAGAGUUCAAGGCUACUAGUGUUACCAGAGAUCCAUCCUUGGUCACCUCAGGCGACUACACGAACUUCAAUGCUGAUGGUGGUAGCGAGAAUUUUAACGACAAGAACUUGUACUCCGUUCGCUCUGAAUCUUCUACCAACUACUUGCGUUCGAUCUCAAGAUCCCGUUCCAGACAGCCUGGUUCUGCCAGAGAUCACGUCACUCACUUGAACAACGAGAAGAACGAGAAAAAUGACGCAAAUCCAGCUGAAUUAGUCAACGAGGGUGCUUACGUCUCAGACGACCCCUACGGACAAGUUGCUGGUUUGGAUGACAUGAUGAAGAAGGUUUUAACACCAACAACGUCUACUCAGACCAACAACAAGAGUCAAAAAAACUUAGUCAAUGAUGUAUCUGCUAUAAAAAAAGUAACUGAGACUAAGGAGCAGUCAAAGACAGUACCAGUGCCAUUAGAUGGUGUGUCUGUUGAAGAUAAGAAGACAUCGACUGUGGAUGCAGUAGGAGAGGUGUCUUUAGAGAACAAGGAGGAGGAGGAGGAGGAGAAAGGAGAAGAAGUAAAGGAAACAAAGGGAAGCAAAGCCCUGGAGCCAACCUCAGAUAGUGGAAUUGAGGUUUCCGAGAAGAAGGCUGAUGUAGAAGAGGUCGGGCUGAAGUUGCCAAUAUCGGAAGUCGUGGAGCUAGUUGAUCAAGCUCAGCCACUCACAACCAAGGAAGAAAGUGCAGAUGACGAAAGUGAUGCCAAGCAUGCGGAAAAAUCUGUUCCAGCUGAUACAGUCCUUGUCCUGAAAGCUGAACACCCGAGCUCUUCGACAAUUGAAGCAGAUGAAGAAGAAAUCAUCCCUGCAGAACCUUUGAAAAGUUCAGAUAAUGCAGCCGACCAGAUUGUAAAGGAGAAAGAGGAUCUUCUGGAAACACAAGCUGUUUCGGAAGAGCCUAAAGUCAAAAACCCAGCAGUCGUAGGCACAGUUCUUCAGACAAAAGAACAGGAGAUUGGAGACGUAAAAUUGGAUGAAUCACUGAAGACAGAAGUUUUAUCAAAGGAACUUGGAGAUGAGACAGCAGUUUCUAGCUCGAAGACUGAAGACAUUCCAAAGCAAAGCGAAUCCGAAAUCUCAUCUGAACCUAAAUCUGAUGAAAAGCCAGAGAAUGCAAAAGAGACUUCAUUAUUGGAUGCUGUGAAAGAGAAGGCCGAAGAGCUCAUUGAAACACUCAGUGGUUCUAAGGAAGAGGACUCUCCUGAGACAAGCAACAAGUCUAUUGAUGAUGGUCCUGGCGCUCCUGUCGAAGCAAAAUCAAAUACUGCUACUGAACCUAUCAGUGCGGAACCGGCUUCAGACACUCCUGGUGUUUCCUCGGCCAAAGAGGUAGUAGAUGAGAACGUAAAAGAGCCAAAAGACGAGGGGGAGAAUGUGGUAGUGGAAGAAGAGGAAGAAGAAUUUUUUGAUGUUUCUCCAGAAGAAUUAAGAAAACAUUUGGAGAGCUUGCCCAUCUACCUCUACACCUCUCUUGCCGGCGGUAUGCAGAUUGUAAACAGAACCAAUCGCCUCACUACCAUCUUGCAAGCCAAUGGAAUCAAGUUUGAAUACCGUGACCUCGGCACCGACGAAGAGGCAAAGAAGAUAUGGAGAAGAUAUGCUACAGGCAAGACCCUCCCGGGAGUUGUUCGUGACAACGAAGUCAUCGGAAACUGGGAGUACAUCGAGGAGGUCAACGAGGACUACCGGUUGAGAAGCGUUCUCUACGAAUCACUCUAG